UCGACUUACUCUGUCAGGAGCGAGACUGCCUUCCCUCGUCCAUUUGAGCAAUUGCCGUGUACGCGGAGCUCCGAGAGGAUGUUAUCGUCCAACGUCACGGUUCAGUAUGUGUCCGAACCUACAGAGGAUCUAGUAGAAGAGGCCGUCAAGGUCUUCUCUGAUCUCAUGCCCGAAGACCCUCUCACAAUCUCCUUGGUCGCGGGCGAUCGUAGGCUCAUUCCGACUAUGGCACGUGCCAUGAUCAAACCCAUCGCGUUGGUCGUCGGAGACAUGUAUACUGCCACUGAUGAAAGCGGAAAACUCGCUGGUUUCACGCUAUGGCUUCCACCUGGCAGAAACCUAUAUGAUACCGGAAAAGAACAGCUUGAGAUGGGGUAUCUUGACUUGAUGGAUAAGCUGCCGGAAGAAGGAAGGGCAUACUUUGCUGAAACGAUGGGAAAAGAUUUCCCGAAAGUCAUCGACAGUAAGACUGGGAUAGAAUCAACGGAAUUGAACACGUACUGGUGCAGCUUCGCAUUUGUCAAGGCAGAGUACCAAGGGAAGGGUGUUACGAGGGCUAUGUUUGAGCUCGCAUUCGAGAAGGCAAAAAGGCUCGGCGCGACGAUGGCUCUUGCGACAACUGCCGAGCGCAACGUCGCUAUAUACCAGAAACUGGGAUUUGAACUCAAGGGAUACGAAUUAAUGCCAUCGCAGUGGAUGCCAUGGCCUGUCUGGAUCUUUGCAAGGGACGCCAACACUAUCUGAGAGGCAUAUUGCGAGUCCCAAUAGCCUUUCUUAGACAGCGGUAUGACCAUGGAAAAGCGCACCUACAUCCUAGUAGUUACGCUCCUCACAUAGAACACACCAGUGUUUCAUGGAUCUAUAUCACAAAAUAUAUCAUCCCGAGAGCAUUUAUC